GGGAGCCUUAAGGAGGGGGCGGGCCCGGGGGCGGUGGCCCCAGGAGCGGUUGCCGCGGGCACCGGGUGGUGACGCGACCCGAGGGCGGAAGUGAGAAAGUUGCCAGCGUCCCGAGACAAGUUGGCGGAGCUGUGUGCGAGCGGCAGCGAUGGGGGGUUCGGGCAGUCGCCUAUCCAAGGAGCUGCUGGCCGAGUACCAGGACUUGACGUUCCUGACCAAACAGGAGAUCCUUCUAGCCCACAAACGGUUCUGUGAGCUGCUUCCCCAGGAGCACCGGAGUGUGGAGGAGUCACUGCAGGCUCGAGUGUCCUUGGAGCAGAUCCUCAGCCUUCCAGAACUCAAGGCCAACCCCUUCAAGGAGCGAAUCUGCAAGGUCUUCUCCACUUCCCCGAGCAGAGACAGCCUGAGCUUCGAGGACUUCUUGGACCUCCUCAGUGUGUUCAGUGACACAGCCACCCCAGACAUCAAGUCCCACUAUGCCUUCCGCAUCUUUGACUUUGAUGAUGAUGGAACCUUGAACAGAGAAGACCUGAGCCAGCUCGUUAACUGCCUCACGGGAGAGAGCGAAGACACACGGCUCAGUGCUUCAGAGAUGAAGCAGCUCAUCGACAACAUCCUAGAGGAGUCCGACAUAGAUAGGGAUGGGACCAUCAACCUCUCCGAGUUCCAGCAUGUCAUCUCCCGCUCACCAGAUUUUGCCAGUUCCUUUAAGAUUGUCCUGUGACAGGAGCCACAGCAUGUGUAGCAGCACCCUGUUGAAGAAUGUCCACUGCUGAGCUGUGGUCAUGGUUACCCCUGUGUUGUCAGCGCCGGCCAAGGUGGCCCAGCCUGGAGCUGGCACUGAGCAGUCUUGCCCGGGGCUGUGGAGGGCCCUCCACGUCAGGGCCUUUCCCCUUCUCACUGUCAUCGCUCUAUUUGUGUUUCUACUAAUCAAUAAUAAAGGUUUAGAAGUUUUGA